UUUUAUGUGUUUGGAUGUGCGCCAAUAGCUGUUUUUGUCUUAUAUUUCAUUUUGGCAGCACUCCCACAAUAUGUGCAUUAAUAUAUAAGAUGUUUUUGUUAGAUGUGCUUAACCAAGCCCCCCUGUUGUAUUACUUUAAGGGAGACUGACCAAACCCCCUUGGUUAAAGCACUCCACACUGUUCAGGUGUGUUCCAGACAGGCAAUUUUUUUGCAGUAUUUAAAAAUGUGAUAAAAAUAUGUGAAAAAAUAUGUGGUCUUAUGUGUUUGGAUGUGCGCCAAUACCUGUUUUUUGUCUUAGUUACAUACAGAGAGACAAGUGAGAGCAGAACUGAGAGACCGUCAUAUACAGAGAGGCAGAUUUUCUGUUUUCUAAGCUCAGUUGUGAACACAAGCCAAUUAGGAAGAGGAAGUAUCUGUAAUCAGAAAGCCCUGUUAUUGGAUGGCUUCUGCACUGAGCCUGAAGUCUGAGAAGCAAAUGCACUUAGAUGAUGGAAUUCCUCCUGCCAAGAAACCCAGAAAACUCCUCCCAAGCCUAAAAACCAAGAGACCCCAGGAGCUGGUGUUGGUGAUUGGUACCGGUAUCAGUUCUGCUGUAGCUCCGCAGGUUCCUGCUCUCAAAUCUUGGAAAGGUUUGAUCCAAGCCCUUCUUGAUGCUGCUAAUGACUUUGAUCUCCUUGAGGAGGAAGAAAGCAAAAAGUUCCAAAAAUGUCUUCAUGAGGACAAGAAUCUGAUCCAUGUGGCCCACGACCUUAUACAGAAGCUGUCACCGCGGACAAGUAAUGUUCGGUCUACCUUCUUUAAAGACUGUUUGUACGAGGUUUUUGAUGACCUUGAGUCAAAAAUGGAGGAUUCUGGAAAACAGCUUCUUCAGUCUGUGUUGCAGCUGAUGGAAAAUGGUGCUUUGGUCCUAACAACCAAUUUUGACAACUUGCUGGAAAUCUACGCGAUUCACCAGGGAAAGCAGCUAGAAUCAAUAGACCUCACUGACGAAAAGCAGGUAUUAGAAUGGGCGCAGGAGAAGAAGAGACUAAGCGUUUUGCACAUCCAUGGAGUUUACACCAACCCCAGUGGAAUAGUAUUGCAUCCAGCUGGGUAUCAAAAUGUGCUGCGGAACACUGAGGUUAUGCGAGAGAUCCAGAAACUGUACGAGACCAAGUCCUUCCUGUUCCUGGGCUGCGGACGCACAGUGGAUGACACAACAUUCCAGGCUCUUUUCCUUGAGGCGGUAAAGCACAAAUCUGAUUUGGAGCAUUUUAUGUUGGUCCGAAGAGAAGAUGUAGAUGAAUUCAAGAAACUGAGGGAAAACAUGCUGGACAAGGGUAUUAAAGUCAUCUCCUACGGCACAGAAUAUUCUGAUCUACCAGAAUACUUUGAGCGGUUGGCCAGCGAAAUUUCAAGCAAGGGGCGAACAGGACUGACACGGGAGAUUCCAGUGAAAAAUGGUCCAAGUCUUUCAAAUUGUCAGAGUAAAGGUCACAGUACAUGAAGUGACGUACUUGAGAAGCAACCAGCAUAGCUGAAGGGCUAACCGUUGGCUAGAGCAAAGAGCUUGUUAGAGGAGCAGACUGUAAAAUCUCAGCAAACGACACUAACGUUCCUGAACAAUGUGACAAAGAUUGGUCUCCGUACGCUGCCUUUGCAUAAGGUCCUGGUGGCCAUACGCUGAAAAUUGCUUUUAUUCUCCGCAGAGGAGCUCAUCUGUACUGUUAUGUAUUUUAUGUUUCUUAUAUUGAUGGAUAACUGACAACUAGAAAUGCAGGACAUGGCAGAUACUGCUUUUAAUGGAAAAGGGGUCUUUAGCGCAGCAAACAAGGAUGAAUCCGGCAAAUGCAUAGCAUGUAAUAUUCCAUGUCCUGUUCAUGUCACUCCAGGUAACUGCUCAGCCUAACUGAUGCCCAUUACGUGGCACUGGGGAGGAUAGGUCUUCUCCUAACAUAAAUAUUUUAUUUAGUCAUUUUAGGCCAUUUUAAUGCCUUUUGUUAAUUGUAAUGCAACAUACUGCAAGACAACCCUACUUUUUUUUAAAAGUAAGUCAUUUUUAGUGUCACAGUCAGAAUAAAUGUGCUGAUAUCUGGGUCACCUGACAAACAGGCUGUUCAGUUCUUGGUAUCAGUGGGCGCCAGGUCUGGCCAAGGGAUACUUUAUGGAACAAACAGAAUCGCUUCAGUGGUCAAACUUUCUACAAUGUUAAGGCUGGAAAAAACAUGUGCAUGUGCUAUGUAUAGGUGUGGAAUAGUAAUAAGGACUGAAAUCUUAAUGUUUCUGUCUGGUGCCUGGGUAUUAUUUGCACAGAAAAAUGAUAAUUCAUAGGCCAAGUUAACAGAAAAUGUAAGAUCGAUUUGACUUCCUAGAGUAUCCCAGGAAGCACACUCCCUUUUCAGACAGUUUUUCAAAUUCUAGUUUUGUAGUAUUUCUCAAAAAAUAUACUGUAUUUUGCACAUUUUGGCUGUUAAAGUAAUAAAAGCUUCCGGUUA